AUGGGUGAAAUUCCAGUAAGCAUCAUGGCCAGCCACUUGGAAGAGGACAUCCUCCAACAGGACUUCAGAAUCUUAAAAUCUCUAGAUUUUGGUUCAUUUGGGGAGGUGAAGCUUGCAUGCCAUCUUCCUACAAAUACACAGGUUGCUGUCAAGGUGCUGGAGAAAAAUCCAACUGCUGUGACUGACAACACCUCUGAAAUAGAGAUCCUUCAGUCUUUGGAACAUAGAAAUAUAGUUCGAUUUUUUCAUGCCAUUGACACAGUGAACAUGACUUAUGUUGUUAUGGAGUAUGUUCCUGGAAAGAAUUUGGAGAUGUUCCUCAGGAACGUAGCCUAUCUGACAGAGGAUGAAGCUAGACCAAUAUUCCAACAGGUGGUGACUGCGGUGCACUUUCUCCACCAAAGACUCAUUGCACAUCGUGAUAUUAAAUUGGAGAAUAUCCUUAUCGACAGAGCUGGAAACGUCAAGCUUUGUGACUUUGGAUUGGCCAUUCAGCUCAAAGAGGGGCAGAUGUUGAAAGAGAGCUGUGGCUCCUUGCACUAUAUGGCUCCAGAGAUCUUGGCAGGGAAACCCUAUGAUGGGCUGGCAGUUGACAUGUGGAGCUUGGGAGUUGUCCUGUAUGUGCUGGUCACAGGACAAUUUCCAUAUGAAGAAAGGACUUAUCAUGGUAUGCAUAAGGUCAUCAGCAAAACAAAAUAUCCACUUCCCUACCACCUAUCAAAGCCCUGUUGCCAAACCAUUGGACGAUUACUCGCAGUCCCGACCAGGCACAGGAUAACAAUAAGUCAGCUCCAGGAAAGAAGAUGGCUGGGCCACAUUAAAGAUCAUGUAGAACCAGCAAAGAAGGAAAUCCUUCUGAGGGUCAUAGACAUAUUGUGCACCAGUGGCUAUAGCUGUGAAGAAAUCGUGUCAACCCUAACUCACAGACAACCAAAUACUAAAUUAGCAGCGACUGUCAAUAUACUUAAACAUAAGUUGAUCUCUGGGGAGUGUCAUCAGGAAAAUGGGAAUUCCUGUUUAAACAACAGCUGUGUAGGAGCUCUUCAGCCCCUUUUCCCGUUGAAGAGGACCGCCAGUGUACCUUCCAUUCAUAAAAUUAUACAAGCUGGGAAUUAUAACUUCGAGGAGGAAGGUGAAGAAGGAAAAGCCAAGAGAUUCCAAAGUGAAAACAUGCUCGACAAACUCUCCUGCUUAGAGAUGUUGCCCAGUUCAGAGGAAAGACUCAAGAAAGGAAAUGAUUGGAUGGCUAAUGUCAUCCACAGUGCUACCAGGUACUUUGCAAUGCACAUGAAGUGUGUUGACAGCCAGCCUUGUGAUGGCACCACAUGUGAAUCAGGUCUGCAUGCAACACCGACAACGAUUUUGAGCACGAUCUCCUCUUCACAGCAACCACCCUUGAGGACCAACAUGUCCAAUGACCAGGCUCAGGUACCACCCACAAUCUCAGGAUCGAGGGCAUUCAGGGCCUGGAAACUGAUAAAGAAACGAUUAUCCCAUGCGCUCAGAGAACUGUGCUGUCUUCCUGAACCAUUUCCUGGAGAAUCCUGGACCCUCUUGUAA